AAAAACAACACAACAGCCUAGGGAUCUCUAAGCUGAACCUGACAGCUGAUUCACUGCAGCAGGGCAUGGCAGAACAGAUCGUGUGCCCACCGACUACAGUUACAUUACAGCCUGAUAGUACUAUGUCCUUAGGGCUUUUGAUCUUAGAGCAUGUUGUUAGUUCUUCACUGCAAAAGACCUUUGACCGUCUUGAAAUCAAUCGCAAUUGCAGUGUAAAAAAAACAACAUCCAAACCUUUGUGAAAUGUGUACAUAAUAAUCAACUAGGGGCUGUGGAGUUCGGGAAUUGAUCCAUGAUGUGGGGGUGUGAUGACUUCUCUGUUGGAAAGAAUGAAUGAGGAAACACACAAACAGAACGUCCUUUUUAAAGGUGGCAGAGUGAGGAGACAUAGAAACAGGCACAUAUGAGUACGGCUGUAAGCCCACAUCCCUUGUGUAGCUACUCUGAAUUUACCCUCAUUUUCAUUCUGAUCUUCCAGUAGAAUGGAGGCUAAUAUCCAAAUCCAGCUCGUGCCACUAGGCCUACUCCACACUGCUGUCCCCUUUUUAGGUAUUGAGGUGGUCUUUUCCAGUAAUGUACAGUAAUGUAUCUAGGUCUAAGUGUCAUUUUAGUGUAGGACACCACCUCUCAUUUCAGGAUGUAUGUCAACCGUUUGACGCAAACUGACCACUCUGUGUCGUGAUGUUCAGGCAGAGAUGGACGCAGAUGGCUUUUUCUUCUAGCAUAAGCUUGUCUGUGGUCUCUGGCAUUUGUACACUAAUGUGGUGCUGCCUGAAAUUACAGCCUUUGUUAUAGCAAAGCUUUUGUCACUGACAACAAUAUGUCACGUCUUUGACCAUCGUCUGAAAUAGCAAGCCAUUAGCCAAUUUUGUAUUUUUGUAUUUAUGUAAUGGGCAUCUUAUUGGAAAGGAUAAAUUGGCCUUUUGUUUUAACUCACAACACAUUAUAUAGCAUUGACCUCAUCUUCGAAUUGUCAGGUUUAAUGUCUUCGUCUCUUGUGUAUUCCUUGUAUAUUGCUAGAGGUUUGAGGGUAGGUAAACUUUAGUAUAGCACUACCUAGGUCAGACAUUUGCUAGUGAAGGACUGAGAUAAAUGUCAGUGGUGAUUCAGACCAGACGGUGGAUAUUCUGUGUAGAUCGUGAUCUCCACUUAAGUGGUGCCGUCCAGUAGUAAUGGAGGUCAGACUGGCUCUGUCUUUGGGCAAAGAGGAUGGAAACAGGGAUUAGUUUGCUUUCAUCAGAAUGUAGCCUAAUAUCCUUGAUUUAUUAUAGCACUAGAAUUGAGAGAAUAUCCUUCAAUUUAACCCCCGUCCCCGUCCCCGUCCCUCUGUCUGUACAGUGGGGAGAACAAGUAUUUGAUACACUGCCGAUUUUGCAGGUUUUCCUACUUACAAAGCAUGUAGAGGUCUGUAAUUUUUAUCAUAGGUACACUUCAACUGUGAGAGACGGAAUCUAAAACAAAAAUCCAGAAAAUCACAUUGUAUGAUUUUUAAGUAAUUAAUUUGCAUUCUAUUGCAUGACAUAAGUAUUUGAUCACCUACCAACCAGGAAGAAUUCCGGCUCUCACAGACCUGUUAGUUUUUCUUUAAGAAGCCCUCCUGUUCUCCACUCAUUACCUGUAUUAACUGCACCUGUUUGAACUCGUUACCUGUAUAAAAGACACCUGUCCACACACUCAAUCAAACAGACUCCAACCUCUCCACAAUGGCCAAGACCAGAAAGCUGUGUAAGGACAUCAGGGAUAAAAUUGUAGACCUGCACAAGGCUGGGAUGGGCUACAGGACAAUAGGCAAGCAGCUUGGUGAGAAGGCAACAACUGUUGGCGCAAUUAUUAGAAAAUGGAAGAAGUUCAAGAUGACGGUCAAUCACCCUCGGUCUGGGGCUCCUUGCAAGAUCUCACCUCAUGGGGCAUCAAUGAUCAUGAGGAAGGUGAGGGAUCAGCCCAGAACUACACGGCAGGACCUGGUCAAUGACCUGAAGAGAGCUGGGACCACAGUCUCAAAGAAAACCAUUAGUAACACACUACGCCGUCAUGGAUUAAAAUCCUGCAGUGCACGCAAGGUCCCCCUGCUCAAGCCAGUGCAUGUCCAGGCCCGUCUGAAGUUUGCCAAUGACCAUCUGGAUGAUCCAGAGGAGGAAUGGGAGAAGGUCAUGUGGUCUGAUGAGACAAAAAUAGAGCUUUUUGGUCUAAACUCCACUCGCCGUGUUUGGAGGAAGAAGAAGGAUGAGUACAACCCCAAGAACACCAUCCCAACCGUGAAGCAUGGAGGUGGAAACAUAAUUCUUUGGGGAUGCUUUUCUGCAAAGGGGACAGGACAACUGCACCGUAUUGAGGGGAGGAUGGAUGGGGCCAUGUAUUGCGAGAUCUUGGCCAACAACCUCCUUCCCUCAGUAAGAGCAUUGAAGAUGGGUCGUGGUUGACUCUUCCAGCAUGACAACGACCCGAAACACACAGCCAGGGCAACUAAGGAGUGGCUCCGUAAGAAGCAUCUCAAGGUCCUGGAGUGGCCGAGCCAGUCUCCAGACCUGAACCCAAUAGAACAUCUUUGGAGGGAGCUGAAAGUCCGUAUUGCCCAGCGACAGCCCCGAAACCUGAAGGAUCUGGAGAAGGUCUGUAUGGAGGAGUGGGCCAAAAUCCCUGCUGCAGUGUGUGCAAACCUGGUCAAGACCUACAGGAAACGUAUGAUCUCUGUAAUUGCAAACAAAGGUUUCUGUACCAAAAUAUUAAGUUCUGCUUUUCUGAUGUAUCAAAUACUUAUGUCAUGCAAUAAAAUGCAAAUUCAUUACUUAAAAAUCAUACAAUGUGAUUUUCUGGAUUUUUGUUUUAGAUUCUGUCUCUCACAGUUGAAGUGUACCUAUGAUCAAAAUUACAGACCUCUACAUGCUUUGUAAGUAGGAAAAUCUGCAAAAUCAGCAGUGUAUCAAAUACUUGUUCUCCCCACUGUAUGUGCCUGACUUUCUCUCUCCCUCUCUCAUUAGGUUCAAGACACGACACACACAUAUCUUUACACAGAGGUUUACUUUCAUGUGGUUCUAGGAGCAGAUGGAAGCUUGUGUUAACAUCUGUGGUACCGAACUCCCCAUCCCAGCUGACUGACACAGUGCCGAGCCUUGGUUGUAAAUAAGUUUAGGAGGUGUGUGAUUGUGUGUGUUUCUGACUGGUGUGUGACUACUGUGGGAGCUUCAGAAUGACCCAGAUGUUUUACUUGUGAUUAAUCUCUAAUCAAAACCUCUGGGAGUAGCAGAGCAGGCAGGGCGACUCUCUGGGCUGACGGUUCUAGAACAGAACCUUCAGCACUGCGCUGCUCUCACAUGGCACCACCUUGUCCUCUGAAAACAUACACAGUCCACCACAGCCAACCCCAAUGAAACCCAAAUCAACACCCUAACACCAUCCUUGGUCCAACAGUUUAUUGGAUUAAUAUAAACCAAAACUGCGGACUUAAGAGCAAGAAAGAAUGUGAUGGGUGUUUUGAGGCUGUUUUCCCAAAUAGUGGGUUGUAUUAGGCUAGUUGCCUGUUCACUCUGGGUCUCUGCCUGCUCAAGACUGUUCACUCUGGGUCUCUGCCUGCUCAAGACAGUUCACUCUGGGUCUCUGCCUGCUCAAGACUGUUCACUCUGGGUCUCUGCCUGCUCAAGACUGUUCACUCUGGGUCUCUGCCUGCUCAAGACUGUUCACUCUGGGUCUCUGCCUGCUCAAGACUGUUCACUCUGGGUCUCUGCCUGCUCAAGACUGUUCACUCUGGGUCUCUGCCUGCUCAAGACUGUUCACUCUGGGUCUCUGCCUGCUCAAGACUGUUCACUCUGGGUCUCUGCCUGCUCAAGACUGUUCACUCUGGGUCUCUGCCUGCUCAAGACUGCGUUCUGGCACGAUACCUUGUUUGUUUCGUUGGCUGGUCACAAGGACAUUUGAGAAGUUUCAGGUGGGUCACGUCACAAGAAUGUUAGGUAACGACUGUUUCAUAUUCCUACCAUGUAGACUGGCCCAGACCACAGGACUUGAUAAAAUUUGAGUAUGAUUCUCAUUGGUUUUUCUAUUUUCCAUGUGGAUAUUUUGAACAAAGCAGUGUGCUGAGACCACAGGCUGCAGUGGGUUGGUUGCCUUACAGGACAUCUCUUAAAGUGAAGGAAGUAAGGAGAUGAGGAAAAAGGCUGCAUGGAUUUUGAGGAAUGUACUGUACAGUCUGUAUGCAAGGAUUCCAUUUAGACUGGUGGCACCAUUGGUGUGACGGUCUAGUAAGUUAAUGUGGUCUGAAGAAUUUCUGUAUAAAUGCUGUGAUGAAUUGAGGUUAUGUGUAUAUGUAAUUUAGAUUUGAUGAUCUAGCUAUGUGGCUGCCUAUUGGGGGAUGAGUCUUGAAUUUGGGUUUCUCAAAGCGGGUCUUUGGGUUUGCCCAAGUAAAGUAAAGUCAUUGGUAAAAUGUGUCCAGUUAAUAAGUCAAAAUGGUGUCAUGUAAGUGUUUUGGGAUCAUGGCCUGAUUUUAAAAAUAAAUAUGUACCUGACUAUCUUGGGAUAAAAUAUCUAUUGAAUAUGGUUUCUGAUGUUGGUGUGAUUGUCUACUGUAGUACUUGUUUUCAUUUGUGUUGUUGGUGUAUUGAUUUGUCUGCUAUGAUGUAGGCUAGUCUUGCUUAGAAAGCUCUGGACUUACUGAGGGCUCCUUGAUGACUUUGCCAGAGCAGUCUGUCUGUAUCUUGCAUCUCCAGAGAGCCCACUCUUCCUCAUUCAGCAGUCUGUAACUGUGGGAAUUUCCCCUAUAGCCAGUGAUCUCACUGUCUGGGCUACAGCAGUCCGUCAACCACUGAACUGAUGUCUCCCUCCACCCUCCCUCCAUCCAGCCCCAGGACUGAGUUUGAUGAUAUGAACAUUAGACCUAAUGGUGUUGAUCUCAGCAGGAAUACAUUGUUGCUGGGCUGUAGUUGGUCAUCUGUAGGGGAAAUUCAAACCUUUUGGGAUGUAUGUGACAAACAGAUUUCUUUGCAGAAAACCCUGCAACAAGUAUUGGGAUUAAAGGCUUAAAACUGAAGAAAGUUGUUGCUUUAAUAAAUUGACAUCCCUGAUCAUCAUCACCAUUGGCUGUGAUGCUAGCCUAUAUGCUGCUGUGCGCUCCAGUGUUUUAUGAUGAUUUAGAUUAGAAGUUUAAUAGACAUAUGCAGGCAGUGUUUGGCUGAGCGUACCACCAUCUGUAGCGCCUAGCGUUCCGCAACUGUGGAGUUGCCGUACCAGGCAGUGAUGCAGCCCGACAGUAUGCUCUCGAUGGUGCUCCUGUAGAGCACGGAGGGCCCUCGGAGACAGUCUAUAUUUCUUCAGCAUCCUGAGGUUGAAGAGUCUCUGUCGUGCCUUCUUCACCAUGGUGUCCGUGUGGUUUGACCAUCUCAGCUCCUCGGAGAUGUGUACGCCGAGGAACUUAACGUUUUUGACCGUCUCCACGACGGCCCCGUUGAUUAGGAUGGGGGCGUGCCCAGGUAUACAGGGAGUACAGGAGGGGACUGAGGUUGCACCCUUGUGGGGCCCCUGUGUUGAGAAUCAGUGUCGUGGAGGUAAUGUUGCCGUAUGUGUGUGCAGUAGGUGAGGUGUUUCUUGACUCUGUUGUCUUAUGAGUCAUGCUAGUGUAGCAGGUGACUAUGGAAUCGGAAAUGUUUUUGUUAGUCUGUUUGACCCCAGCCAAUAAAGACAACCUUUGGACCAGGCGUGUCUGCACAACUUGUUCACAUGCAGAGGAAAACGCUCAUGUAGGCCAACACUCAUGACACAUAUGGGGGUAGGUGGUGACCAGGGGACAGUUGGCCAGUUGGCAUGGGAUCUUUUAAUUUCCUCCUCCCCUGUGCUGGCAGUGCUCAUCCCCCUCUUUCUCUCUUUUUUUGAACCCCACUGACCCAGUUGGCUGCAGUGUGGGGUCCUUGGCAUGGUUCAGGCCCCUGUGGGACAGUGGCGUGGCCCCUGCCAGCCUCUCCCUUCUCCCGCUGCCAGUGGAAACUGCUGCUCUACUCUCAGACAUUCCUGUCUGUGGGCUGUGGGACACAAAUGCAAACAAAGACUCCUUUUGUGCUGCCAGGGCUGCAGAUGCAUGUUUGUGGGUGGAACACAGCUGGCUGCCCAGUUCUGGGGGCUUCAGCAACCCAUUGGUGGAGAGACUGGGCAGGGCACUGGGCAGCAGCAUGGAUAGAGGAAUAGCUCCAGACCUAGGCUUUAGCCUAAGCCCAGCUACAGUACGGGUCAAUGACCAACAGAAGAAUCAUCAAGCCUGCUGCUGUUUGUCAGUAACGCCACUUACCAAGAAAUCCACUGUAUUCUCCCUUUUCUUGGAAAUGUCAGCCUACUAAUUAGAAACCAUUAACCACAGUGUGCACUGUAGCAGGCACACCCUCUCUUAUUGUCUGAAUGUGAUUUAACAGGGAGAGGUGCAGCCUCCUAUCUGAUAGCGGGAGAGAAAGAGAAGGUGUAUAUGCAAAGUGUGUGUAAAUGUGUAUUUGGUUGCAGAUGAAAUCAAAUGUUAUUUGCCACAUGCGCCGAAUACAACAGGUGUAGACAUUACAGUGAAAUGCUUACUUAGAAGCUCUUUACCAACAAUGCAGUUUUUAAGAAAAAAAUUAAAGUGUUAAGUAAAAAAUAGAUAAGUAAAAACAAAACAAAAAUAUUUAUUAAAGAGCAGCAGUAAAAUAAAAUAACAGUAGGGAGGCUAUAUACUGGGGGUACCGGUACAGUGUCAAUGUGCGGGGGCACCGGUUAGUCUAGAUAAUUGAGGUAAUAUGUACAUGUGGGUAGAGUUAAAGUGCAUAAAUAAUAAACAGAGUAGCAGCAGCAUAAAAGAGGUGGUUGGGGUGGGGGGGGGGGCAAUGCAAAUAGUCCGGGUAGCCAUGAUUAGCUGUUCAGGAGACUUAUGGCUUGGGGGUAGAAGCUGUUUAGAAGCCUUUUGGACCUAGACUUGGCGCUCCGGUACCGCUUGCCGUGCGGUAGCAGAGAGAACAGUCUAUGACUAGGGUGGCUGGAGUCUUUGAUAAUUUUUAGGGCCUUCCUCUGACACCGCCUGGUAUAGAGGUCCUGGAUGUCAGGAAAUUCCCAGCAGUGAAUGUGUUGAUGCUCGUUGGUGGUUUCUGACUGCAUUCGAUUAAUGAGGGAUUCUCUGCCACAAUGGCUGCGUUUACACGGUCCUCUGUAGCUCAAUUGGUAGAGCAUGGCGCUUGUAACGCCAGGGUAGUGGGUUCGAUCCCUGGGACCACCCAUACGUAAAAAUGUAUGCACACAUGACUGUAAGUUGCUUUGGAUAAAAGCGUCUGCUAAAUGGUGAUUUAUUAUUAUUAUUACACAGGCAGCCCAAUUCUGAUAUUUUUCCACUAAUUGGUCUUUUGACCAAUCACAUCAGAUCAGAGCUGAUCUGAUUGGUCAAAAGACCAAUUAGUGAAAGGAAUAUCAGAAUUGGGCUGCCUGUGUCAAUGCAACCUUAGAGCAGAACCUCUCCUCCAGCUUAUUGUCUGAAGGUUUUAAAUGUUGGCGAUGCGAGCCAAUGUACCCGUUUCUAUGGCUAUGGAGGACUCAUUUUCCCCAUCCCUACUGUAAGCUCCCUACUGCUGCUUUUCAGACGGUAACACUCGGGCUAUCCUACCCACUCACUAAUAGAUGGUCCACAAAUCCUCCUUGGUUUCAGGUGUCAGGAUAUGUCAGGAAUGGUACAUACAGGCUUAGGCUCAGCUUAGAGAGGACCUAUUCUGUAUGCCAAGGUCCAUAUGAUCCAGAUCAGAUUUUUUUGUUUAAUCUAGGUAUGUUUUUUGUUCUGUUCUCCUUACCUCUCUUUUCAUUCUUUGUUCUGCUCUGUUUACCCUGCUAUGUUCAUUUUAACCCUGUUGUAUUUUAAAAUGCUGCUAGACCAGAAUAGCACUUUCCUGAAUGGAAUGAGUUUCUGCUGUGUAAUGGCAGGGGGGUGGGCAUGCUUGGUGAUUGACUCUCUCUCUCUCAUUUAUAUAUAUAUUAAACACAGGGAGUUUCUACUGUAUAACAUAGAAAGCACACGUAUGGGGAAAGUCUCUUCUCUAUAGCAUCACGGAACACUCAAACAGUAAUGGAUGUUAUAGACUGCUAGCGAGCAGCGUCCAGUGAUGGAGGUAGGUCCUCUCUCUGCGGUAGGUAGACCAUCAUAGGGCAGCCUCAGCCAGAUAUAAAGGGAUUCUCUCUCUGCUAUAUUAUAGAAUAGGGGAAGCUCACUCCGUGAUGGAGGGAGUCUCAACUGUAGAGGAAUUCAGCUGGGCUAUUUUUACCCUGCAUGGCGCGGGCAGUUGCUAUGGCGUUGCCGAUGGGCACCGUCGCUAUGAGUGCGUGACGACGAGCAGCACCGAGGAUCCACUUCACACGCAGCACAUCAGCACAAUUUGUGUGUUUAGAAAUGGUGAGAAAGUGUUGGUGAGUGCGAGAAGCGAUGUAUUUGAGGCUACUGAGAAAUGAUGAAGGGGCUUCUGUGUGGGAGGUGUAUUUAUCUGUUAGGGUGUAUAUGAGGGAGACAGAGGACAUUUGCGGCAUCAGUGAUUUGAGUGGCUGCUUUAAAAACAUUUAUCUUUCCCUUCCACCCCUUCAUUUUCCAUUUCCCUCCCUCUCUCCUCCGAGUCUCCCUCUCCCUUCUCUUCGUAGUUCCUUUGUCUCACUAAUGCCCCGGGGAAGCCAGGAUGCAUUUGGUUACUGUGUGAUUGGUUUCCGAAUGUUGUAAUAUGCCGGUUAGGGACUUGAUUGGCUGUUCAGGGCUCAUGGUGACAUACUCUGCUCACUGGUUGGCUGCUCAGGGUUUUACGGUGACUGAAAUUGCUCUGUUAUUGGCUGCCUGUGGAGCUGUGAUGAAGUUAAAGGGGAAGGAGGAAGAAAGUAGGUCAUUGUGUCAGCAGGUCAGUGAAGCACUGAGUGUAGUUAUACAAGCACAGCCUUUCGCUGCAGCUACCGCUAGUGUUGCCACUGCAACUAUUGCUGCUUUAAAGGAAACAGAAAUGUUGCUAUUAACCCUACUUUCUAUCAUUCCUCUGCUCUCACGUCAUGCUCUGUCUGCAUUUUUUUCCCACUGUCAACACUGACCCUUUUCAGUGUUGACACAGUUUUAGUGACACAGUUUUAGUGAUUCAGUCAGCUCGUUAAAGAACAGUGAUGAAUGAAACAGUGCUCUCUGCUUUGAUCUGUUUACCCCUCCAAAAGCUGUAGGUGAGAUGAGACACCACUCACUUGUUGUGACCCAUAUUCACCUUAUGUAGCCCUGCCCACUUGACCCGAGCCAUUUCGAAUGCGUUUGUCUUUCAACUUCCUGCGCAUUGACACACAAGCAAAACCAUUGUGAAAUUUGUCAAAACUAUUAAAGAAUGUUCACAGAAUUUGAAAUAUGUUAAUUAUAAUCUGUUGAGGAAAACGUAUGAAAACAUUUAAAUGUUAGCAUAAUAAUUGUUUCAAUCAAAGAUCAAUGCUUGAAUGGACAAUGUUGACACAGAAUAUCAAUGACAAAAGACAAACGGUGCCGAAAUGUUUUAUGUAGGUAACAUUAGGAUAUGUUUAAUCUGUUAUGCCUCAAAGCUAACUAGCUAACCUGCAAUGUUAACUCUAUGGGAAUGCUAAUGUCGGCUUCCGAGUGCUUAUACUACGAAAACGCACGUUUUUUCUAUAUUUUUCCCCACCACGAAAUGACCAUAUCUUUUAAAUUCUGUGCACUUUAUUUAUAGCCUGAUGACUCGCACUAAAUUAUUCCGCUGCUCUGUCGUUCGAUACAUACUUGAGUCUGAGACGGCCAUCAUUUAAGUCGUUUGUGGUGACGAGGGGAGUCAACAGUGAUUCUGAGUGUCUCAGACGUGAUAGGUCCUCUGAGUAUCAAAGUAUCAAAGCCAAUGACCAAUUUUCAAAUCGCUGCUUUACCCACAUGUUCUGACUCUGGCCCAACCCAUCGGUUUCUGGACCAAUCAGAUGGCGACCUUGUUGCCAGAUUACAUAAGGUGGCUAGAAACGCUGCUGCUGCUGUUACAUACAUGGUCACGUUGACAAUUCAUUAAACCUGUAACCUUAUGUUAUCGACAGAGACCCUCACAUUGUAUGUUAUGGACAGAACCUUCAUUCUCUGUGUUAUGUGAUGUGUUUGUGUGUGAGAGCCUGUGUGUCGUGCUGCCUGUGCAGGUCAAAUGUAUCUGUCACGUGCAGAGAGCAGAAAAAUGGGCAGAGUUGAAAGUCAAUGGGCCAUGAUAAUGGCACCUCCCCCUUCCAUUUAGGCACUUGGGGUCACACUUUAUUUGGGUAGUCCAUCUGUAGAUGCUCUACAGAUGCCACAGCACUCCCCUCAUUCACCUAGACACUCCGCCACAGCCACCACACCCCAAUGUCUGUCUCUGUGUCUUGGUCUCUCUCGGUCGCUCUCUUUCUCUCCUCAAAAUAUGUUCAUAGUUUAACAUUUUGGAAAGGAUUCACUUUAACUCUCUAAUGGUCUGUUCUAUCCAGGCAUUGGUCCAGUUUGUGUGAAAGCAUUGCAAUCUGUUGGGUCAGAAUGGGAUGAAUCAUGAUACUGGUCAUUUUAGGAAAGCUCACUAUUAGCGACUUAUAUUGUUCAGUCGAGCUCCAUUGUUGACGUCCUUGCAUUGGCACAAGUAGGUAUUAUUAGGAUCGCUAACCAGUUUAGAGAAGGGCCUGUGUCUAUACCAGGAUUUUGUCAUGUCAGUUUGUGUUUUUGGUUGCGUAUUUGAGGCUGUGGCUUUUGUGGCCUGUCUGGCUCUUUUGAAUCAGCUUUCCCAUCAUCAUGUGUCAUCUCUAAGGAUAUAAGGUUAUGUGUGCAUCUAUAUGUAAGGUUAUUUGUGUGUCUGUUUCAGGGUUUAAGGAUGUGCGUGUUUCAGGGUAUAUGUCAUGUGUUUUCUUAUUUUAGAUCCCUGAAGAAAAACAUAUAUUUUCUAGUCCAGUGCCAUAGCGGCGCCAGACGAACCAUGUGAUCGGUAAGUGCUCACCUCUGCUCUGUACUAAUCAGUUUGAUUUACAGCCAGUCCCAGAUGGACCCCUAGACCCUACCCCUAGGCAAAUAAGAAAUAUAGCUCCACUUAACCCACUGAUAUGCUAGUUGGAAUUUUCGCCAUAUAACAUUUCUCCAAUCAUUCAUUGCAGAUAGACAAGAACCUAGGGUACAGAGGCUAUGGUUGAUUUGGGAUUGAGUAAAUAGAACACUCUACAGGUUCACUCAUGUAAUGUAUUCUGUUCCGUAACCAGUUAGAGCAUCCGAUGUAGCUGUCAUGUGGUACGUCCACACCCAAACCCGGCGGAAAGCUCAGCUCAGCAAGGAGCCAUUGACAACCGCUGGCCUUUGACACAGGAUCCUCCCAGUGACUCUCGUAACUACCCUCCUCCCCUAGGGGGCACACAGACCUCUGCCAUCCCCACAGUGCCUCCACACAGGCUGGACCUUCAUCCUACACCACACUCUUUAUCCUCCCACAGAGUCGGCUAGACAGGAGGUAAGGUUGGGCCGGGUGCUGCUGCCCUUCAGGAAUGGAGGCUGUGGGUUAUUCUGUGUGAUAAACAUUAUUUUUAGUUUCAGGCCAUGUACUGUAAUUUCACUGUUAAUCUCGCUUUUUCUGACAGGUUCAUUCACAAAUGUCUACCUCACGAUUAAAAGGCCCCUCUCCACAACUGCUACCCUGAACAGGCUACAAGAUGACUUCCAGUAUAGGCGGGUGAGUCAGUCUACCAAUCUCCUCCUACACUUGAGAGAAAUGAACUACCGGUCAAAAGUUUUAGAACCUACUCAUUCAAGGGUUUUUCUAGAUUUUUUAGUAUUUUCUACAUUGUAGAAUAAUAGUGAAGACAUCAAAACUAUGAAAUAACACAUGGAAUCCUGUAGUAUCCAAAAAUGUGUUCAACAAAUAAAAAUAUUUUAUAUUUGAGAUUCUUCAAAUAGCCACCCUUUGCCUUGAUGACAGCUUUGCACACUCUUGGCAUUCUCUCAACCCGCUUCAUGAGGUAGUCACCUGGAAUGUAUUUGAUUUAACAGGUGUGCCUUCUUAAAAGUUAAUUUGUGGAAUUUAUUUCCUUAAUGCGUUUGAGCCAAUCAGUUGUGUUGUGACAAGGUAUACAGAAGAUAGCCCUAUUUGGUAAAAGACCAAGUCCAUGAACAGCUCAAAUAAGCAAAGAGAAACGACAGUCCAUCAUUACUUCAAGACAUGAAGGUCAGUCAAUAUGUAAAAGGUCAAGAACUUUGAACGUUUCUUCAAGCGCAGUUGCAAAAACCAUCAAGCGCUAUGAUGAAACUGGCUCUCAUGAGGACCGCCACAGGAAAGGAAGACCCAGAGUUACCUCUACUGCAGAGAAUAAGUUAAUUAGAGUUACCUGCCUCAGAAAUUGCAGCCCAAAUAAAUGCUUCACAGAGUUCAACUGUUUAGAGGAGAUGAAACCACUACUAAAAUGACACCAAUAAGAAGAGGAGACUUGCUUGGGCCAAGAAACACGAGCAAUGGACAUUAGACCGGUGGAAAUGUGUCCUUUGGUCUGGAGUCCAAAUUGGAGAUUUUUGGUUCCAACCGCUGUGUCUUUGUGAGAAGCGGUGUGGGUGAACGGAUGAUCUCUGCAUGUGUAUUUCCAACCGUAAAGCAUGGAGGAGGAGGGUUUAUGGUGUGGGGGUGCUUUGCUGGUGACACUGUCUAUUAUUUAUUUAGAAUUCAAGGCACACUUAACCAGCAUGGCUACCACAGCAUUCUGCAGCGAUACGCCAUCCUAUCCGGUUUGGGCUUAGUGGGACUAUCAUUUGUUUUUCAACAGGACAAUGACCCAACACACCUCCAGGCUGUGUAAGGGCUAUUUGACCAAGAAGGAGAGUGAUGGAGUGCUGCAUCAGAUGACCUGGCCUCCACAAUCCCCCGACCUCAACCAAAUUGAGAUGGUUUGGGAUGAGUCGGACCGCAGAGUGAAGGAAAAGCAGCCAAGAAAUGCUCAGCAUAUGUGGGAACUCCUUCAAGACUGUUGGAAAAGCGUUCCAGGUGAAGCUGGUUGAGAGAAUGCCAAGAGUGUGCAAAGCUGUCAUUAAGGCAAAGGGUGGCUAUUUGAAGAAUCUCAAAUAUAAAAUAUAUUUUGAUUUGUUGAACACUUUUUUGGUUACUACAUGAUUCCAUAUGUGUUAUUUCAUAGUUUUGAUGUCUUCACUAUUAUUCUACAAUGUAGAAAAUAGUAAAAAUUAAGAAAAACCCUUGAAUGAGUAGGUGUUCUAAAACUUUCGACCGGUAGUGUAGAUAUCCUACCCUACCUGCUCAUCAAACUGGUCACUGAAACGCUAUCUGUCAAAUCACCUGUGGCUAAAAAUCUAUAAAAUAACAUGUUUUUUAAAUGUUCUCAAUCGGUACUUUACCUUGCCUGCACUCAGGCGCCAUGGUGAUUUCAAGCAACAUUUGGUGGACCUUUUAGGUGUGUGUGACUGUCCUGUGUGUGGGUGGACUCAGUGUCUCUAGACCUGUUUUAACUGGCUGGGGUAGCUGAGUGACAGCAGGAAUGUCCCACCAGCACGGGAUCUCCCGCCUUAAUCCCAGGAUUAGCAUGCCACUCAGCCCUGCUCCAUUUUGAGUGGGUGGUGUUUUUACACUUCCCCUGGUGUGUGUGUGUGCCGUCUCAUGUGACAGAGGGGGCCGGGCUGGGGCUUCUGUCGGCACCACUGAACUCCCCCGCUACUGUCAUUAGAGCUGGGGAGGCGGGGGUGCGGUGGGGGGUCAGUAGAGAGUAUGGAACAUGACCUCAUGCUGAAGGAGGGGCUUAAUUUUGCCAAUCAAAAGCAAAUGGUUUCCUAGAAGGAGAAGUUGGGUUCCUAGAAGUACCCUGCUGAGUUUAUGGCUGUUGUUCACUGUGGAGUAUAUCCUCAGUCUCUCCUGGCAGGGAUAUACUAUACCUUGCCAGGUCAUCAUUUUAAAUAAGCAGUUGUUCUUAAUGGACUUGCCUGGUUAACUCUCUACACUCAUACCCAUAUACAGGUUCAAAUAGCAGAUUUGGACGCUGAUAUUCGCCUAAAUUGGAAUGCAGUGGCUGUACAGAAACAUGCUAUGCAUGACAUCAGCUCAAGGGUUCUGAACACUGACAGCGGUUCUGAACGUGAACACUGCAUGUGACAAGAAGUUGCCCCAUCUUUUUUUUUGUCUGAGUGAGGGAAAUGCUGUAAAUUAAGAGGACUCAAUGUAAUUUGAAAGAUGAGACAUUAAGGAUUAUAAUAAAUACCACUUUGAUGUCAUACAAGCAAGCCAAACACCUGUUAGUCCAAAUCUGCACUUCACAUUUCCAUGCCAUAAAACUAAUUUCAUAUACAGUGUCAACGUUUAUGAUCACUAUGCUUGAUGUACAGUUACAAGAUGACAUGGUGUCAUACCCUGGGUUGUUCUGAACAGAAUGAGCCUAUGUCUGUGGUAUUGUGAAGAAAUUUGGUGGGGAACACGCAUCUGAAUGCACUCGUGACUCUUUUCUAUGUGAAAGCCUAACACUGUAAGAUCGUAUUUUGCAACUUAGCUAGCCAUGUUGGCAAUAGAACAUGCUUUCAAAUUAUGCCCACCUGACCAGAUUGUGAUUUAUAAUGGACCGUUUUUGGAAUGUGUAAACAACAACAGUAAUUGUGUGAUGGCGGCGAUGCUGGGCUGUGUUCCAAAGAAAACAACUACAAGUCUGCUUGCUCUAGUUCCUCAACAGCACAGCUGAGAGCUCAAAAUAGUACCUUAUAGUUGAAGACUCUUCUUUGAGCCAUAAAAGUGCAUUGAAAUGAUGUAGGAACAGUGCACACUUUGAAGAGGUACAGUGCCUUCAGAAAGUAUUCACACCCCUCAACUUUUUCCACAUUUGUGUUAAGAAGUGGGAUUAAAAUUGAUUUAAUUGUCAUUUUUGGUAACGAUCUACACAAAAUACUCUAAUGUCAAUGUGUAAGAAAAAUUCUAACAUUUAUAAAAAAUAAAAUAAAAAAUAUCUUGAGAGAAUACAGUUGAAGUCAGAAGUUUACAUACACUUAGGUUGGAGUCAUUAAAACUCGUUUUUCAACCACUCCACACAUUUCUUGUUAGCAAACUAUAGUUUUGGCAAGUCGGUUAGGACAUCUACUUUGUGCAUGACACAAGUAAUUUUUCCAACAAUUGUUUACAGACAGAUUAUUUCACUUAUAAUUCACUGUAUCACAAUUCCAGUGGGUCAGAAGUUCACAUACACUAAGUUGACUGUGCCUUUAAACAGCUUGGAAAAUUCCAGAAAAUGAUGUCAUGGCUUUAGAAGCUUCUGAUAGGCUAAUUGACAUCAUUUGAGUCAAUUGGAGGUGUACCUGUGGAUGUAUUUCAAGGCCUACCUUCAAACUCAGUGCAUCUUUGCUUGACAUCAUGGGAAAAUCAAAAGAAAUCAGCCAAGACCUCAGAAAAAAAUUUGUAGACCUCCACAAGUCUGGUUCAUCCUUGAGAGCGAUUUCCAAACGCCUGAAGGUACCACGUUUGUCUGUACAAACAAUAGUAUGCAAGUAUAAACACGCAGUCAUCAUACCGCUCAGGAAGGAGACGCGUUCUGUCUCCUAGAGAUGAACGUACUUUGGUGCAAAAAGUGCAAAUCAAUCCCAGAACAACAGCAAAGGACCUUGUGAAGAUGCUGGAGGAAACAGGUACAAAAGUAUCUAUAUCCACAGUAAAACUAGUCCUAUAUCGACAUGACCUGAAAGGCCGCUCAGCAAGGAAGAAGCCACUGCUCCAAAACCGCCAUAAAAAAGCCAGACUACGGUUUGCAACUGCACAUGGGGACAAAGAUCGUACUUUUUGGAGAAAUGUCCUCUGGUCUGAUGAAACAAAAAUAGAACUGUUUGGCCAUAAUGACCAUCGUUAUGUUUGGAGGAAAAAGGGGGGUACUUGCAAGCCGAAGAACACCAUCCCAACCGUGAAGCACGGGGUGACAGCAUCAUGCUGUGGGGGUGCUUUGCUGCAGUAGGGACUGGUGCACUUCAUAAAAUAGAUGGCAUCAUGAGGAAGGAAAAUUAUGUGGAUAUAUUGAAGCAACAUCUCAAGACAUCAGUCAGGAAGUUAAAGCUUGGUCGCAAAUGGGUCUUCCAAAUGGACAAUGACCCCAAGCAUACUUCCAAAGUUGUGGCAAAAUGGCUUGUGGAAGGCUACCCGAAACAUUUGACCCAAGUUAAACAAUUUAAAGGCAAUACUACCAAAUACUAAUUGAGUGUAUGUAAACUUCUGACCCACUGGGAAUGUGAUGAAAGAAAUAAAAGCUGAAAUAAAUCAUUCUCAACAUUUUUACUACGAUUAAAUGUCAGGAAUUGUGGAAAAACUGAGUUUAAAUGUAUUUGGCUAAGGUGUAUGUAAACUUCCGACUUCAACUGUACAUGUUAGAAACACCUUUGGCAGCGAUUACAGCUGUGAAUCUUUUUGGGUAAGUGUUUAAAUGCUUUGCACACCUGGGUUGUACAAUAUUUGCCCAUUUAUUCGUUAAAUAAUUAUUCAAGCUCUGUCAAGUUGGUUGUUGGAAAUGGCGUUCUAGCAAUGUCUUGCCAUCGAUUUUUAAGCUGAUUUUUAAGUCAAAACUGUAACUAGGCCACUCAGGAACAUUCAAUGUCGUCUUGGUAAGCAACUCCAGUGUAGAUUUGGCCUUGUUUUAGGUUAUUGUCCUGCUGAAAGGUGAAUUUGUCUCCCAGUGUCUGUUGGAAAGAAGACUGAACCAGGUUUUCCUGACUGUGCUUAGCUGUAUUCCGUUACUUUUUAUCCUACAAAACUCCCUUUCCGAUGACAAGCAUACCCAUAACAUUUUUAAAUUUUAGUCGUUUAGCAGACGCUCUUAUCCAGAGCGACUUACAGUUUAGUGAGUGCAUACAUUUUUCAUACUUUUUUCAUAUGAUGCAGCCACCACCAUGCUUGAAGAUAUGAAGAAUGGUACUCAGUUUUGUGUUGUUGGAUUUGCCCUAAACAUAACGCUUUGUAUUCAGGACAAAAAGUGCCUUGUUGCAAACAGGAUGCAUGUUUUGGAAUAUUUUUAUUCUGUACAGGCUUCCUUUUCACUCUGUCAUAUUUAGGUUAGUACUGUGGAGUAACUACAAUGUUGUUGAGCCAUCCUCAUUCAUUUUUUUUAUAUCACAAACAUUAAACUCUGUUUUAAAAUCAUCAUUGGCCUCAUGGUGAAAUCCCUGAGCUGUUUCCUUCCUCUCCGGCAACUGAGGUAGGAAGGACGUCUGUAUCUUUGUAGUGACUGGGUGUAUUGAUACACCAUCCAAAGUCUAAUUAAUAACUUUACCAUGCUCAAAGGGAUAUUCAGUGUCUGCUUUUUUUAAAUUUUUUAGACAUCUACCAAUCGGUGCCCUUCUUUGUGAGGCAUUGAAAAACCUCCCUGGUCUUUGUGGUUCUAUCUGUGCUUGAAAUUCACUUCUCGAUUUUGAGGGACCUUACAGAUAAUUGUAUGUUCGGGGUACAGAGAUGGGCUAGUCAUUCAAAAAUCAUGUUAACCACUAUUAUUAACACAGAAUGAGUCCAUGCAACUUAUGUGAUUUGUUAAGCACAUUUUCACUCCUGAGCAUUUCAUUUUACAUACAUUUUGAAAAUGUUCUACCAAAAAAUUCCACUUCACAUUAUGGGGUUAUUGUGUGUAGAUCAGAGACACAAAAUCUAAAUUUGAUCAAUUUUAAAUUCAAGUUGUAACACAACAAAAUGUCGAAAAAGUACUGGGAUGUGAAUAUUUUCUGGAGGCACUGUAUGUAGCCACUUGUAGACACCAGUUAGACCUCUCUCAAACCCCUUUUUUUGUUGUUGUCUCAAACCCCAUUUUUUUGUCUUAUGUUGCACCUACCCCAAAUUUGCCAUGCAUAUUCUUAUGUUACUGAAUGUAUCCAGAGUAUUUUCAGAUUUCGUUAUUAACAAAUGCAGCGAAAAGUACACAAUGUGAAAUGCACAGAUAAUCAACAGUGUAUCGUUUGGAUUCAGUCUUGUCAGAUGAAAGCUGUGUUCGAAUACUUUAGACCAGGGUUCUUCAAUUCCGGUCCUGGAGGGCCGAAACACCUCUGUUUUUCAUCCUCUCCUUCUAAUCAGGGGCUAAUUCAGACCUGGGACACCAGGUGAGUACAAUUAACUACCAGGUAGAAAUAAAAAACAGAAGUGUUUCGGCCCGCCAGGACCGGAAUUGAAGAACCCUGCUUUAGACUAACCGUACUAUUUGUGACGUAAAUUGAGUGUAUAGUAUGCUUAUUGGUCAUAGUAUGGAUAUAGGUAGUAUGCCAAAAGUUCACGGAUGUCGUAAUACAUUUGUCAAAAUACGAAGGAUACAAGCAGUGGACACUUUCCGUACUUUUAGGGCCCAUAAUGCAAUUCUUCAGGAAAUGGGCGUGGCCUCACAACGUUUUCAGAUUUGAAGAAAAUGGCGGAAAAUAUGCAGCAACGAGAGUCGAUACAAAUUCAUUGCUUUAACUAAUUAUGACAAAUGUUAAGAAAAUGUUGAACAAUGUAAUAAAGAAAUGACUUUUCAACUGAUAGCGAGCUGGACAGAGUGAAGAUACUAUAAAUGUAGGUCCAUUAUUAUUUCUACACAGUUUCGAUUUGUUUUUUGUUAUUUCAAUGUCGAUUUGAGAUUUUUUUUCAGGGGAAAACGAACAAAAACUAAACAAAUCGAAACUGGACCCGCAGGCCAGAUUGAAUGGGCCUUGAGUUUGACACGUAGUUUAAGGUAUGUUGACGGUGGUUGUGUAAAUAUGUUUUGUGUGAGCAGGGCCUCUUGCUCAUUGUCCAUUGGUUUCAGAGGAGAAUAGUGUUUUGUUGCCACAUCCAUAGAGCCCUCAGGUCAUCUGGAGCUCCGCCUCCUGUAAAUCAGAGGUUAGACCUGCCGAACACUAUUACCACCAUCUUAAAUACACAAUCCUCAGGUUUUACAUCUUAUUAAAACACGCCAGCUUUAGGUGGCCUGAUCUAAUUGUGUGCCAUGGGUGGAAUUUCAUUUGGUCAUGUGGUGUCUUUAUGGACAUGUUGUUGUUAAUGCUCUGAUCGCCAGCAAGGGGAAUGUAAUAAGAAAGUUAUUAUUUCCAUCCAUAUCAGUUCACAUUUCUCCCGAGUCCCAUUCAUUCUCAUAUGAGAGCAAACACCAUUAGGGUUAAUGAUAAACCAGAGCUUGACUGUACUUAUCUGUCUUUGGCUGUGUGUGGGAUGUACUAUAGAGCUGGGACGAUAAACCGAAAAUUACCAACACCGACCUUGUCCUCUUACCGGAGCAUUUUGCUUAGGUCGGUCAUUUUCUGUGAUUUUUCUACACAACGUUCCUGCACAUUUUUUUGUUCUAAAACCAUUAUUUGGCCAACAGUAAUAGCCUAUGCAUUAUGUUGAUUCCUGCAAUGAAACUAUCUGCCUGUUUCGCUGUCGGCUGCUGUGUGAGCGAGCCACUCGCUCCCUCUCCCCACUGUGCGCACAGAGGGAGGGAGAGAUGCUUUCUAAAAAGCACAAGCAUAUGACCAUUGCUCCAAAUGCAAUUGCGGGACAGACUGUUUUCAAAGCAACUACUGUUUAUUUCUCAAAUCUUAAUAUUGAGUUCAUGCCACCACUUUACAACCUGAGGUUGGUUUUGAUGUGCGGAAUGCGCCAUUUGCGCUGAAUAGGCUUACAUCAACUGGCCUAGUACUGAAAAGUUUUUUGUUGGACAUUACAUUUACUGAUAGCCAUAUAGGCUAAUUGAUUAAUCUAUCUAGCAACAAGAACAUAUUUAGAGUUAGCAAUCUAGCUAAGUGUUUUGAGUUCCCACUUCCUCCAGUGGUGAAUAAUAUCGCCUAGAACAGGGGUGUCAAACUCAUUCCAUGGAGGGCAUAAUGUCUGCAGGUUUUUGUUUUUUCCUUUCAAUUAAGCCCUACACAACCAGGUGUGGGGAGUUCCUUAGUAAUUAGUUACCUUAAUUCAUCAAUCGAGUACAAGGGAGGAGCGAAAACCUGCAGACAUCUCUGCCCUCCAUGGAAUAAAUUUGAAGCCUAGGCCAAUAGGCAUCUGCACAAAGAUGUCGGCAAAUUCAUCUCUGAAGAGCCCAAAAUAAAUCUGAUCAUUCUGGAUCCUAUUUUAAAAUAUCAAUAAUGCAUUCCCUGGAUAUGUUAGAUGCAAUAACUUACUUUUUCUAUCAUAGGCUAUACCAUCUGUUGUCUUACUUGGCACAACAACUUCAAAAAAACUGCCACUAAUGGAAAGUAGGCCUAACUGUCCAUUUAAAAAAAUAUAUAUAUUGUUGUAUUUAUCACUAUCAAGUAAAAUAGUUACAUUUAUCAUGAUAGGACUUUUUGUCCAUAUCGCCCAGCACAUGGUUGUAAAAUGCUUGUCUACUCUUCAUUACUGUAUUUGUUGUUUGCUAUUAAACUAUUGAGUUUCUACAUUGUUGAUUUUUAAUGGGGUCGUCUAAAAAUAGCAUUGGUGAGUGUAAUUGAAGCUGAUUUGUUCGAAGCACCCCGGGGUAAAAAAACAACACACGCACCACAUUAUUCUCAUACUCACACAGAAACGCAUGAAGGCAAAUAUGGGCACAAGAUGCGCGCAUACGUCAUUCAACAGAAUGUCACGGGCUCAGAUCAGCACUCAUAUGCAUUAGCAUGAUUCCCCCCCCCCCCACCACUCCAAGGACUCUUGGUUAGUGGUUCAUGAAUUAUUGUUCAAUGAGAAGUGUGCAGUGAAAAUAGACCUUGGAGGGAGCAACCUUGAGGGACUCUUAUUUGAGUCAGAAAAGGAUGUUCAUAUGAUAGGGAAGAUAUACAAAACCUUGCAGAGAGCAUAUCCAACAGACAAUCUCUUAGAAAAAAGAAAACUAUUGGAACCAAGACUUAAAAAUAACUGAUGUUGGCACAAGAUGGAGGGAAUGUUGGAGCAUAACUAACGAAAUUACAGUUAAUGAAAAUGUAUGCUUAAUCCAGUAUAAACUAUAAUGUAUAGCAUUUAUUAUACAAGAGACAAAAUGCACAAAUUCUACAGCACAACGGCAGUCAUGUCUUAAGUGUAAAACGAAUAAUGACUCAAUAAUCCAUGCUUUCUGGGAAUGCUAUAAAGUCUGUAAAUUGUGGGCAGAGCUAGAAAGUUGGCUGUCAGAAGUAUUACAAUGUAAACUUACUUUUAAUCAGUCUGUCUGCAUAUUUUAAGACAUGGCAUAUGGGUGUGUAGUCAGUACUUGACUUGGGCCGGAGCUGUCCGGAACGCCAUACAGGCACUUCUAAUUUUUGGGGAAUUGCGCCUCGGCUCCACUAUAAAAACAAAGUAGCCUUUCGCUGGCCCAGAUUCACACACCCUGUCAAAAAAGGUUGAUCAAAGCAGAAUGAAGGCGGGAUCUUCAUUGAAUAGCAAUGGAGAGUGGGCAUUCAUUUCCUGACUACUCAUUAUUCAAGUUUAUUUGCCACUAGUCUGUGAAUCUUUGAGUGACAGUAGGCUGUUCAAGAUUGCACUGAUUGAAAAUGUGCCAGCCUGAAUGGCAUGAUGCUCUGUUCCAAGUUGUCAAAUGAGGGUUUGUACGGUCAGGAAAAGUAAUGUAAAUUCGUUUCAUAAUUUUUGUUAAUGUAAUUAAUGAAAGCACACUUUUAAAUAUGAUCAAUCAAUAAAAAAUAAAAAAUAAUGACAUACUUAACUAUACUGAACAAAAAUAUAAACGCAACAUGCAACAAUUUCAAAGAUUUUACUAAGUUAGAGUUCAUAUAAGGAAAUCAGUCAAUUUAAAUAAAUUCAUUAGGCUGCACUUGAAGAAACCUUAAAAGUUCUUGAAAUGUUCCGUAUUGACUGACCUUCAUGUCUUAAAGUAAUGAUGGACUGUCGUUUCUCUUUGCAUAUUUGAGCUGUUCUUGCCAUAAUAUGGACUUGGUCUUUUACCAAAUAGGGCUAUCUUCUGUAUACCCCCCCCUACCCUGUCAAUACACAACUGAUUGGCUCAAACGCAUUAAAGAAGGAAAUAAAUUCCACAAAUUACAUUAAAAGAAGGCACACCUGUUAAUUGAAAUCCAUUCCGGGUGACUACCUCAUGAAGCUGAUUGAGAGAAUGCCAAGAGUGUGCAAAGCUGUCAUCAAGGCAAAGGGUGGCUAUUUGAAGAAUCUGAAAUAUAACAUAUUUUGAUUUGUUUAACACUUUUUUGGGGGGGUUACUACAUGAUUAUAUGUGAUAUUUCAUAGUGUUGAUGUCUUCACUAUUAUUCUACAAUGUAAAAUUGUAAAAAUAAAGAAAAACCCUUGAAUGAGUAGGUGUUGUAAAACUUUUGACUGGUGGUGUACUUUUUCAUGUAGGCUAUAAUAAGUCAUGAAAAUGUGGUUAAGUACAGUUUAAGUCGUAAGUUUACAUACACCUUAGCCAAAUACAUUUAAACUCAGUUUUUCACAAUUCCUGACAUUUAAUCCUAGUAAAAAUUCCCUGUCUUAGGUCAGUUAGGAUCACCACUUUAUUUUAAGAAUGUGAAAUGUCAGAAUAAUUGUAGAGAGAAUUAUUUAUUUCAGCUUCCCAGUGGGUCAGAAGUUUACAUACACUCAAUUAGUAUUUGGUAGCAUUGCCUUUAAAUUGUUUAACUUGGGUCAAAUGUUUCAGGUAGCCUUCCACAAGCUUCCCACAAUAAGUUGGUUGAAUUUUGGCUCAUUCCUCCUGACAGAGCUGGUGUAACUGAGUCGGGUUUGUAAGCCUCCUUGCUCGCACACGCUUUUUCAGUUCUGCCCACAAAUGUUCUAUAGGAUUGAGGUCAGGGCUUUGUGAUAGCCACUCCAAUACCUUGACUUUGUUGUCCUUAAGCCAUUUUGCCACAAUUUAGUUUACAUACACUCAAUUAGUAUUUGGUAGUAUUGCCUUUAAAUUGUUUAACUUGGGUCAAAUGUUUCGGGUAGCCUUCCACAAGCCAUUUUGCCACAACUUUGGAAGUAUGCUUGGGGUCAUUGUCCAUUUGGAAGACCCAUUUGCGACCAAGCUUUAACUUCCUGACCGAUGUCUUGAGAUGUUGCUUCAAUAUAUCCACAUCAUUUUAAUUCCUCAUGAUGCCAUCUAUUUUGUGAAGUGCACCAGUCCCUCCUGCAGCAAAGCACCCCCACAGCAUGAUGCUGCCACCCCCGUGCUUCACGGUUGGGAUGGUGUUCUUCGGCUAGCAAGCUACCCCCUUUUUCCUCCAAACAUAACGAUGGUCAUUAUGGCCAAACAGUUCUAUUUUUGUUUAAUCAGACCAGAGGAUAUUUCUCAAAAAAGUACGAUAUUUGUCCCCAUGUGCAGUUGCAAACCGUAGUCUUGCUUUUUUAUGGCGGUUUUGGAGCAGUGGCUUCUCCUUGCUGAGCGGCCUUUCAGGUUAUGUCGAUAUAGGACUCAUUUUACUGUGGAUAUAGAUACUUUUGUACCUGUUUCCUCCAGCAUCUUCACAAGGUCCUUUGCUGUUGUUUUGGGAUUGAUUUGCGCUUUUCGCACCAAAGUACAUUCAUCUCUAGGAGACAGAACGCGUCUCCUUCCUGAGCGGUAUGACAGCUGCGUGGUCCCAUGGUGUUUAUACUUGCGUACUAUUGUUUGUACAGAUGAACGUGGUACCUUCAGGCGUUUGGAAAUUGCUAACUGACCUAAGUCAGGAAUUGUGAAAAACAGAGUUUAAAUGUAUUUGAAAAGGGUGUAUGUAAACUUCUGACUUCAACUGUACAUGUUAGUGUCGUCAGUCCUGGUCCGCUGAGUAAGCAAAAGGUUCUCCCUUCCAAAACAAAUUAGUUGCAUUCCUGGCCGUUUUGCCUCAAUACCAGCUGAGUCACAGAGCACGGGGCUCUGUCUAAAUUUAGCCUAUGCCUGGGCUGGGGUAGCAGUCUGGCCAACUCUAUCUGCACCUCUUAUGUUUUGGCCCGAAAUAAAUAUGGUUGGUUGUUUUGCAGGGAUGACGCCAGCAGUAUCUUUGAUGGGUUAUUGGAAGAAGAUGAAAAGGACAAAGCAAAACGGUGAGGUCUUUAUGAGCUCAAGAACCACAUUAAAGACAACUCUGUACAAAGGCUUAGUUGGAUCAUUGUGUUGUUUUUGUAAGAAUCUUAGUAUGUGUAUUCUUAUGUUUCUCAUGUCCAACCCUCCAGAGUGUCCCGUAACAAGUCUGAGAAGAAGCGCAGAGACCAGUUCAAUGUCCUCAUCAAGGAGCUGGGUACCAUGCUGCCGGGCAACACCCGGAAGAUGGACAAGUCCACCAUCUUACAGAAGAGCAUCGACUUCCUGCGCAAGCAUAAAGGUAAUGACCUCUCCUCCUCCUAGCCAUUGGACAUCAACAUGUCUGGAAGAAUAGGAACAUUUCUGUGUUUUUACCAAGGUGAGUACUUCAUGUCAGUUAUGCCCUCUUCUCUGUGUCUCUGUCAGAAAUAGCUGCGCAGUCGGAGUCGAGUGAGAUCCGACAGGACUGGAAACCUCCUUUUCUUAGUAAUGAAGAGUUCACACAGCUGAUGCUGGAGGUGAGUGGCACUCGUACCUGUUUUCUACAUAGUUUACUUUCUCACAUUCUAUUUUGCAAGUAGAUGGUGUUUCAACAACUGUUUUGUAUCUGCUAGGCGUUAGACGGCUUCUUCCUAGCAAUUAUGACAGAUGGGAACAUAAUCUACGUCUCAGAGAGUGUUACAUCUCUACUGGAACAUCUUCCUGUGAGUAUUCACUCAGUACAUAUAUAUGAGUUAAUGCCUACAAUAUGUAAGGAUGACAUCCAUGACCAAGGAUGACAUACAUGACUAAAGUUGACAUUGUGUGUUUGUUUCAGUCUGACCUGGUGGAUCAGAACCUGUUGAACUUCCUGCCCCUGGUGGAACAUUCAGACGUGUAUAAAGCCCUGUCGUCUCACAUACUGGAGGGAGAGACGCUAACGCCCGAGUAUCUCAAGAGUAAGUACUGGAGUUGUUUCAGUAUUGCCUAGUAGUUUCUAUAAUUUCCAUGGUCUAAAUGGCCUAUGUCAAGUUUAUUUGGCCACAGCAUGCCAUGAGCAGAUGAUUUGUUUCAGAACUAGAUUAGUUUAUUUAAACCAAGUCUAUCAAAUUGUACUCUGCUUUAUUGUAUGAUUCAUUUGUUUUCAGCAAAAAACCAGUUAGAAUUCUGUUGCCACAUGCUCCGAGGGACGAUCGACCCCAAAGAGCCUCCUGUGUAUGAGUAUGUUAAGUUCAUCGGAAACUUCAAGUCCCUGAAUAAUGGUACAUUUUCUUUAUAUUGAUUUAGGGAAAAUUAGGCUUUGAAUGUUGUUCACAAGUAGCUGGUCUGUAUUUAGUUUGUGACCAUAAAUGCACUUAGUCAUUUCUGACUUUUGGUCAGUUUAAGUUGUUGUUUUCCCAUUCUCCUAAAGUGCCUAACUCGACUCGAAAUGGCUUGGAAGUGGUGAUCCAGCGGUCACUCCGGCCCGCUUUUGAGGACCGAGUCUGUUUCAUAGCAACUGUGAGAUUAGCCAAACCACAGUUUAUCAAGGUAAGACAAUUGGAAUUCCAGAGACUUAUAUAUCACAGACUGCAUAUUUCGGUAGCUAGGUAACCAAGUAUGUCUAAUGUUGUACUGUAAAGUGUCCUUAGUGUAAGCACUGUAAAUGAUUUCCUUUGUAUGAGAUGUAAAAUCUCAUUUUUUCUCACUCACCCCACAGGAGAUGUGCACUGUGGAAGAACCCAAUGAAGAAUUCACCUCUAGACACAGCUUAGAAUGGAAGUUCCUCUUCUUGGACCACAGGUAAUGUGUGCUGUCUGGCUGUCUAUAUCCAUUACUGUGUGUGUUUACUUGCCUAUGUCGUGUAAGAGAGAGUUAGUCUCUAGCCCCGGCCCGCUAGCACACGCUAGCCGUGGCCUCUUGCUCGCUAGUGCUUUAGCAGCCCCCGAACUACCUCCGAACUAUCCUAUUGCUGUUCACCGGACCUUAUGAUAACACAGCUAUACAGCUGAUGCCUGCUGGACUGUUCCUUUUACGGUACCGCAUCCUGUUUAUGUUUAGCCUCAGCCCAAACUGUGUCGUCAUUACCAGCUGUUGUCUUAGCUCUCUCAAAUUACACCUGUGAUUGCUUUAUGCCUCUCUCCCAUGUCAAUAUGGUUAGCUUAUUGUUGUUUCGGUUAUUUCUAAUUGUACUAUUUCACUGUAGAUCCCCCAGCCCAGCUAAACCUGCCUUAGAUAGCUCCUUUGUCCCACCCCCCAUACACGCGGAGACCGACUCAAUUGGUGCCUCCAGUGAUGCUAUCUCUUUCAUUGUUACCCAACGCUUAGGUUUACCUCCACUUUACUCAUAUCCUUCCAUAUCCUUGUCUGUACAUAAUGCCCUGAAUCUUUUCUACAACGCCCGGAAAUCUGCCCCCUUUAUACUAUGUACCCAACGCACUAGAAGACCAGUUCUUAAAGCCUUUAGCCGUAUCCUUAUUCUAGUCCUCCUCUGUUCCUCUGGUGAUGUAGAGGCUAACCCAGGCCCUGCAGCCCUCAGUAUCACUCCUACUCCCCAGGCGCUAUCAUUUGUUGACUUCUGUAAUCGCAAAAGCCUUGGUUUCUUGCAUGUUAAUAUCAGAAGUCUACUUCCUAAGUUUGAGUUAUUCACUGCGUUAGCACACUCCGCCAACCCAACAGUGUCUGAAUCCUGGCUUAGGAAGGCCACCAAAAAUUCUGAAAUGUCCAUACCCAACUAUAACAUUUUCCGUCUAGAUAGAACUGCCAAAGGGGGUGGAGUUGCAAUCUACUGUAGAGAUAGCCUGCAGAGCUCUAUCAUACUAUCCAGGUCUGUGCCCAAACAGUUUGAGCUUCUACUUCUAAAAAUCCACCUUUCCAGAAAUAAGUCUCUCACUGUUGCCGCUUGCUACAGACCCCCCUCAGCCCCCAGCUGUGCCCUGGACACCAUAUGUGAAUUGAUUGCCCCCCAUUUAUUCUCAGAGUUGGUACUGCUUGGUGACCUAAAUUGGGAUAUGCUUAACACCCCGGCCAUCCUACAAUCCAAACUAGAUGCCCUCAAUCUCACACAAAUUAUCAACGAACCUACCAGGUACAACCCUAAAUCCGUAAACAUGGGUACCCUCAUAGAUAUCAUCCUGACUAACUUACCCUCUAAAUACACCUCCGCUGUCUUCAACCAGGAUCUCAGCGAUCACUGCCUUAUUGCCUGCGUCCGUAACGGGUCCGCGGUCAAACGACCACCCCUCAUCACUGUCAAACGCUCCCUAAAACACUUUAGCGAGCAGGCCUUCCUAAUUGACCUGGCCCAGGUAUCCUGGAUGGAUAUAGAUCUCAUUCCGUCAGUAGAGGAUGCCUGGUUGUUCUUUAAAAGUAAUUUCCUCUCAAUCUUAAAUAAACAUGCCCCAUUCAAAAAAUACAGAACUAAGAACAGAUAUAGCCCCUGGUUCUCCUCAGACUUCACUGCCCUUGACCAGCACAAAAACAUCCUGUGGCGUACUGCAUUAGCAUCAAAUAGCCCCCGCGAUAUGCAACUUUUCAGGGAAGUUAGGAACCAAUAUACACAAGCAGUUAGGAAAGCAAAGGCUAACUUUUUCAAACAGAAAUUUGCAUCCUGUAGCACUAACUCCAAAAAGUUUUGUGACACUGUAAACACUUCCUCCCAGCUGCCCACUGCACUGAGGCUAGGAAACACUAUCACCACCGAUAAAUCUACAAUAAUCGAGAAUUUCAACAAGCAUUUUGCUACGGCUGGCCAUGCUUUCCACCUGGCUACCACUACCCCGGCCACCAACUCUGCACCCUCCGCUGCAACUUGCCCAUGCCCCCCCCCCCCCCGCUUCUCCUUCACACAAAUUCAGACAGCUGAUGUUCUGAAAGAGCUGCAAAAUCUGGACCCCUACAAAUCAGCUGGGCUAGACAAUCUGGACCCUUUCUUUCUAAAACUAGCCGCCGAAAUUGUCGCAACCCCUAUUACUAGCCCGUUCAACCUCUCUUUCGUAACGUCUGAGAUCCCCAGAGAUUGGAAAGCUGCCGCGGUCAUCCCCCUCUUCAAAGGGGGUGACACUCUAGAUCCAAACUGUUACAGACCUAUAUCCAUCCUGCCCUACCUUUCGAAAGUAUUUGAAAGCCAAGUUAACAAACAGAUCACCGACCAUUUCGAAUCCCACCGUACCUUCUCCGCUAUGCAAUCCGGUUUCCGAGCUGGUCAUGGGUGCACUUCAGCCACGCUCAAGGUCCUAAACGAUAUUUUAACUGCGAUCGAUAAUAGACAGUACUGUGCAGCCGUCUUCAUCGACCUGGCCAAGGCUUUCGACUCUGUCAACCACCGCAUUCUUAUUGGCAGACUAAAUAGCCUUGGUUUCUCAAAUGACUGCCUCGCCUGGUUCACCAACUACUUCUCAGAUAGAGUUCAAUGUGUGAAAUCGGAGGGCCUGUUGUCUGGACCUCUGGCAGUCUCUAUGGGGGUGCCACAGGGUUCAAUUCUUGGGCCGACUCUUUUCUCCGUGUAUAUCAAUAAUGUCGCUCUUGCUGCUGGUGACUCUCAGAUCCACCUCUACCCAGACGACACCAUUUUGUAUACAUCUGGCCCUUCAUUGGACACUGUGUUAACAAACCUCCAAACGAGCUUCAAUGCCAUACAACACUCCUUCAGUAGCCUCCAACUGCUCUUAAACACUAGUAAAACUAAAUGCAUGCUCUUCAAUCGAACGCUGCUGGCACCCGCCCACCCGACUAGAAUCACUACUCUCGACGGGUCUGACCUAGAGUAUGUGGACAACUACAAAUACCUAGGUGUCUGGUUAGACUGUAAACUCUCCUUCCAGACUCACAUUAAGAAUCUCCAAUCCAAAGUUAAAUCUAGAAUCGGCUUCCUAUUUCGUAACAAAGCCUCCUUCACUCAUGCUGCCAAACAUGCCCUCGUAAAACUGACUAUCCUACCGAUCCUUGACUUCGGCGAUGUCAUUUACAAAAUAGCCUCCAACACUCUACUCAGCAAAUUGGAUGUAGUAUAUCACAGUGCCAUCCGUUUUGUCUCCAAAGCCCCAUACACUACCCACCACUGUGACCUGUACGCUCUUGUUGGCUGGUCCUCACUACAUGUUCGUCGUCAAACCCACUGGCUCCAGGCCAUCUAUAAAUCACUGCUAGGCAAAUCCCAGCCUUAUCUUAGCUCAUUGGUCACCAUAGCAGCACACACCCGUAGUAUGCGCUCCAGCAGGUAUAUCUCACUGGUCUUCCCCAAAGCCAACACCUCCUUUGGCCGCCAUUCCUUCCAGUUCUCUGCUGCCAAUGACUGGAACGAAUUGCAAAAAUCUCUGAAGCUGGAGACUCUUAUCUCCCUCACUAACUUUAAGCAUCAGUUGUCAGAGCACCUUACCGAUCACUGCACCUGUACACAGCCCAUCUGAAAUUAGCCCACCCAACUACCUCAUCCCUAUAUUGUUAUUUAUUUUGCUCUUUUGCACCCCAGUAUCUCUAUUUGCACAAAAUCUCUUGCACAUCUAGCAUUCCAGUGUUAAUACUAAUUGUAAUUAUUUUGCACUAUAGCCUAUUUAUUGCCUUACCUCCAUAACUUGCUACAUUUGCACACACUGUAUAUAUAUUUUCUGUUGUAUUUUUUGACUUUAUGUUUUUUUUUACCCCAUAUGUAACUCUGUGUUGUUGUUUUUAUUGCACUGCUUUGCUUUAUCUUGGCCAGGUCGCAGUUGUAAAUGAAAACUUGUUCUCAACUGGCUUACCUGGUUAAAUAAAGGUGAAAAAAAAAAAAAAGAAAAAAAGAGGCUCAGCACAGCAGUCAGAACACAGUCCCAGUGAGAGUGUGUUUGGUUCAGCUCUGUUAGCUGGCUGCUGUGUUCUGUAUGUGGGCCAGUCAGUAGGCUUGCUCUCUAGAGGAGACAGCUCUGAGUCUCAACUGUUUGGGAGCAACAGCACUAGAUGGAGUACUUACUGUUUCACUGCCACUGAAAACCUCUAUUAUACGGACCUCUGUAGACACGAUGUUCAGAGGGUAAUACAAUGCUUUGUAUGGGUUCUUAAUGUGUUAUUACUGCUUUACAGGCUGAGAAACUGUAUAUCAUUGUAUUUGAAUGGGUUAUGCUGUCACAUUAAUAACAUUGUUUAUCUCCUCAGGGCUCCGCCCAUAAUAGGUUACCUGCCGUUUGAGGUUCUGGGUACAUCUGGGUAUGACUACUACCAUGUGGAUGACCUGGAGACACUGGCCAAAUGCCACGAACACUGUGAGUCCGUUUCUUGUCGCAUCUGUGUAUUUUAAAUAAGUGCACAUUUUAUGAGUGUGUUUGUUUUCCUGUCCAAUGUACACAUCUGUGACAUCAUCUCUCUCCUCUCUCUCUCUCUCGCUGUGUUUUGCAGUAAUGCAGUAUGGGAAGGGGAAAUCGUGCUACUACAGGUUUCUCACCAAAGGGCAACAGUGGAUCUGGCUCCAGACCCAUUACUACAUCACCUACCACCAGUGGAAUUCCAGGCCCGAGUUCAUCGUCUGCACGCACACUGUCGUCAGGUAAAGAUCGACCAAUCACUAAAAAUGAUAUUCAUAUGCAUAUCUUGCAAACAAGUAUAUGUGUCAGUCAUACUACAUAUAACCAGCAUUAUUGCAUUGAUAUCCUAAACACUAUCACAUACACUACCAUCAGGCAUUGUGUUAUGAUGUUCAACCCUGUCUCUCUCUUGUGGUGCAGUUAUGCUGAGGUGAGGGCUGAACAGCGCAGAGAGCUGGGGAUUGUUGAGGAGUCGCCACCAGAGAUCUCUGCAGUAGAUAAGGUGAGACAUUUAUCAGACCAAUGUGAGAACUUGCUGACCGCUGAACAUAAGAAAUCACUGAGUCCAGGAAUAAAGAGGUGGCUGAUUUUGGUUAAUGACGUCUUGUUCAGCUUAAGGGAUAAGAUGUCUCAAUGUCUGUGACUCUCACUAGAGUAAGACAUGGUUAAGUGCUCAGACAACAAGGAUGUUGUAAAACAUAUUUGGUGAGCAACAGCGGGGUUACAGGUUUUGAAUGCGUCCUUCAAUCCCAGUAGUAUGAUCCUUCUUUUCACCAAUCCAACUGUGUUAGAUCAGUGAUUACCUCAUGCAAGGGAGAAAGGAAGGAUGUAUUUCCAAAGUGUCUCUCCAUCUCACAGCAGUCUCAGGACUCUGGUUCUGAGUCUCAACACCAGCUCAACACCUCCAGCCUGAAGGAGGCCCUAGAGCGAUUUGACCGCAGCCGCACGCCCUCCGCCUCCUCACGCAGCUCCCACAAGUCCUCGUCCCACACUGCCAUCUCCAACCCAGCCUGUAAGCACUGACCACAUGACAUUACUACAUCCAUCUUGUCUAAUAUGGUGUCAUCCGUCCUGAGAGCUUCUUUGAUCCUAAGAGUAAGGUGUUUGUUUUUUCCUUCUUAGCACCUAAGCUGAAGACAGACAGGGGUACACCAGGAUACCAGUCAGUCUCUGCUAUUGAGAUGACAUCACAGCGAAGAUCGUCCAUCAGCAGUCAGGUCAGUGUGGGUUUCUUUCAGCUUGUGGUCACCGCCUCUCUAUAUUUGAUAGUGAUUUGGUUCCAAAUGUAGUUCCUGUGUUUGUAUCCAACAGCAAUCGAUGAGCUCCCAGCACACCCAGAACACAGGGCAGAACAUGGCCCCGUCCAUGGUUCCACAACAACAACCACAGCAGCAACAACAACUGCAACAGCCGCAACCACCACCACAUCAGCUACAGAUCCAGCCCAGUGUCCAGGUGAGAAAUCUUCGUCAUGACGGUAAUUUGGCAGUUUCUUUUGCUAGAGUCAGUGACACAUUCUUUUUAUUAUAAUGAGCCGUCCACAAACAUCCCAUAUUUUCAACUUUGUUAGCCCAUGGUACAGUUCUCCACCCAGUUGGACGCCAUGCAGCACCUGAAGGAUCAGCUGGAGCAGAGGACCAGGAUGAUUGAGGCCAACAUCCAGAGGCAGCAGCAGGAGCUCAGGCAGAUCCAGGAAGAGCUCAACAAGGUGCAAGGCCAUGGCCUACAGGUGAGCACUGCCCCCUACUGUCUGUCUGGGGAACAGCGCUAAAAGGGCCUCUUAUGUAGACCUGGGAGAGGGUUUACUGACUGUGUGAGUACUUGAACCAAAAGGUCCGCUCAUUUGCGUGGAUGCAUGUACGUGUCAUUAUGCCUGUGUUUGUCUAUGAAAGGAGAUGAGUCUUACUCUGUGGUAUUUGCUCUGGUGCAGAUGUUCCUUCAGCCGGGUGCAGGUGGGCUGAGCCUGGGCUCUGUGCAGCUGGCCCAGGGGACCACCAUGCAGCCAGGGGCUGCUCUCACCAUGCAGGGCCAGGUGGUGUCUGCAGGUAGCCUGCAGGGCAGCACUCCGCAGCAGCACUCGGUCCAACAACAACCCCAGCAGCAGGCCCAGCCCCAACAACAGAACCUGCUACGAGACACCAGCUCUGUCCUCUCACAGUCUUCAGUGCGGUCCACUCACUCUCUGCCGCCCCAGCAGAGUGCCCUGCCGGCCUCCCUCUACAACACCAUGAUGAUCUCUCAGCCCAACCAGGCCAAUGUGGUCCAGAUCGCCACCAGCCUGGCCCAGAACAGCAGCAACAACACGGCUGCCGUGGCAAACUUUGCCCAGGACCGCUCGGGACAGAUCAGGUACACGAUGCCACCAACAGGGUAUGUUCUCCUCUCACUCGGUAUGCGCCUCACUCAGCGGCUGAUGUUGCUGAGAACUAUGCUGAUUUGCAUACAUUUUCGUGUGUUCGUUUUUUAAAUCUGUUGCUAAUUCAUUGCUACCCUCACUCCCUCUUCUCUCUCAGGUUCCCUGCUGGGUCUCAGUUGCUGACAAAGCUGGUGACUGGGCCGAUGGCGUGUGGAGCGGUCAUGGUCCCAACGACCAUGUUCAUGGGCCAGGUGGUGACAGCGUUUGCUCCUCAGCAGGGCCAGACUCAGACCAUCAGCAUCGCCCAGCAGCAGCCUCAGCAGCAGGAGCAGCAGACGCAGGCUCAGUCUCAGGCCGAAGCCACACAGCAAGGGCUGGCCCAGCAACAAACACAGUUCCUCCAGGUGAGGUGACCACCAGAGAGUACCGUCUCUAAAGGUAGAUCCAGUACUUGUCCCUAUUCUGACCAGCCACGCACCUCUCUGUUCUUCCUCUCUAGGGCCCUCGGCUGCUACAUGGAAACCAGUCCACCCAGUUGAUCCUGCAGACGGCGUUCCCACUGCAGCAGCAAGGAGCCUUCGCCAGCACGCAACAACAGCAGCUACAACAGCAACAUCAGCAGCAGCAGCAACAGCUCCAGCAGCAGCAACAACAACAGCAACAACAGCUCCAACAACAGCAGCAACAGGAGCAGCAGCUGGCCUCUCACAGGGCAGAUAGCAUGUCAGGCUGCUCCAGCACACAGCCCCAGUAACCCGGCAACAUCCAAUCAGACAUGUGGACUGAACCAAGCCCAGGUCUAUUUGUUUGUGUGAUGGGGUGAAGAGUUCGGUUGAGAAAGCAGUAUUGAUACUAUGCCUCUGAGGCCACCCUGCUUCAACUUGGUCUAUAGAGUGAG